GUUCACAGACAGGCGCACACCGGAAAUAGCCACAGGUGCUCCAGCGGCUGCAGGUGUCCAGAGUCCACUCUCUUCUUCCUCGAAAGUUAAGCACGAAUCCGUAGCAUUUGGAACUGGAAACAUCUUUAAUUUUACUUUUCUUUCAUGUCUAUGCGAACUUUAUUUUGGAAUACUUGUAUAUUUUUAUAUCGGAUCGAUCAGGGCUGGCGAUUUUGUCACCGAUGUCAUCAAAGAUGAAUUAAAUGUGGGAGAAAGUUUCGUGCGUCGUCUCUCCAGACCGUGCGCCAUGACGACCCUCUAUUUCUACCUGUGGUUCAUCCUGAAGCUAACUUUGGCAGUUACAGGUCAGUCUGCAAAUUACGUCCUUAAGGGCAGAGAGGCCGUCUUGACUCCGGCCAUAAACAAAUUCCCUGAUGACAUUCUGUGGAAGCACAAUGGGGACAAAGUGAUCCAGUUUGAUGGUGCAGAGGAGACCUUGUUCGAGCCAUAUCACGGCAGAAUAACUCUGGCCUGGAGCACAGCCAAACUGACCAUCUCAGAUGUCAGAUAUGAAGACAGUGGAGAGUAUGAGCUGGACAUCUUCAGCGGUCAGAAAUUGUACCGCUCACAAUAUAUGCUCAAGGUCCUAGACGAAGUUUCCAAGCCCGUGAUCAGAUGUGAGAUGAACGAUGAGAACAGUACUAUUACUUCUGCAACACUGUUCUGCUCUUCACCGUCCAACACUCCAGAAGCUCUGACGUUUAUCUGGAGACUGGAAGGUCAAAGUGAGCUGGGCCAAACUUUACCCAUCACCCUGGGUGACGGGCACGAUGACAUCACGUACAGCUGCACCGCAAAUAACCCCCUGCAGGAAGAGACCAGCACCUUCAUAGCCAAAGACUGUUACACAGAAAGAACUUCUGAGCCCCUGAAUAUACUUGUACCCAUUAUCAUUGCUUCCCUAAUUCUGUUGGCCUUUUGCAUUUUUCCCAUCAUAUUUCGGCAUCAAAUAAAGAGAGUAUGUUUAGACAUGAGGAAGAAUGACGACUGUGAAAAACAGCUGAAAGCAGCAGAUGAAUCUGUCAAGAUUAAAGAUGAACAUGAUCCAUUAUUAGCAAGUAAUAUCCACCGGCAGGAAACUAUGUUAUCAUCGCAAAGACUUCCUCAGCAAGAAUAUGUGACAGAGGAGACUCAAGGAAGGAGCAAGAAUAUACGUGAAAUAUUUGAAAAUCAUGAAAAUGCAGAGACACUCUCAGGUAAAGGAAAUUAUGCCAUUGGAGCUACAUCUUUCCCAAACACAGCACCAGGCCCGGGGCAGAUGGAUACAGGAGGAGAGAGGGACUUACAACACAAGGAGCUUAAUAAUGUUCCUAUAACAAUGGAAAAUGAAGAUACAGACUCUAAACUUUCUGAUGAAAAUGAAAAUGCUGCACCAGAGCCACAAUCUACAAGCAGUGAACCUCAAGCUAACCAGGAUAUAGAGUCUACGUCAUCAGAGCAGGGGAGCAGUGUUCAGACAGAAUCAGAGAAAGAGCCAGAGCAACAUCACAAAGACCAUGAGGAUGAGCCGAAAAUUGAUGAAAAUGAGUUCACCAAGGCUCUAGAACAAACAGCACCUCCAAGCAGUGAGCCUCAAGUUAACCAGGAUAUAAAGUCUACGCCAUUGGAACAGGAAAGCAGUGUGCAGACGGAUCCAGAGAAACAGCCAGACGAGAAUCACAAAGACAAUGAUGAUGAGCAGAAAAUGAAAGCGGCUCGUUCUUCAAACUCUAUUGAGACAGAUUCAGAUGAGUCCACCAAGGCCCUAGAAGAAAAAGAGUUGUCAGCUGGAUCUGGGAGCACAGAGCAGACCAAUCCUGACGCAGACUCAAACACAGAAACUGAAAACAAGGAUCCACAGAACGACCUCUCCAAUAAAGAGAUUUCAGUGUCGCAGCCACAGUCUGCACAAUCCGAGGACAAGAAGAGCGAUGAAGAAUCGAAAACCGAUGGUCAGGAAACUAAUGUACAGAGAGAGCCAGACCAAGAUAGUGAGACCUCAGAUGAUAAAGGAACAGAAGAAACACAACCUCAAAAUGAACCACCAGACACCCAGAGUUCUGAAACCAGUGCCCUCCAAGAACAAGACAUGGACCAAACUCUCCUGUCUGAGUCCAGUGGUGUAGAAGACUCACCUAGAAAUUCAUCUGAAAACGUUGCAGAGAAAACGGAGACAGCUGAGUCUGAAAAAACAGCAGAAACCAGUGCAGCUCCAAAGCCAGGCAAGGACCAAACUCCAGAGUCCAGUGGUGUAGAGAGCAAAGAUCAUGACAAAUCCAACACAGAGACACAGAAACAAGACUCAGCCUGCAACCCAUCUGAAGACGAACAAGAAAUGGUCACUGCUGAGUCUGAAAAAAUAGGGUCAAAUGAGCAGGUGAACAAGUCCCCAAACACACCAGCCUCACCUCCGAGUCAAACCACCGAUAAUGACAAAGAAAACAAGAACACUGGUGAGGAUGUAGAGGAUGACAAAAAGGAGAAGAAAGAUGAACCCGACAAAGAAUCUGGUUCAUCUGGAUCAGAGCAGAGCAAUGGAGUAAAGGAUAUCCCAGGAUGAGCACCUCUCAGAAUCACACAGGUGACUUUUCAUGACAAGUAAAAGUGAUUAUAUAUUGUGCUGGCCCAUUAUUCUACACCAAACCCAAGAAACGGCUGAAGAAAGUAUUGAAAACAUGUUUAUAAAAUCUAUGAUUUGGUAUCAAGUGUUGCGGUUGUUAUUAGUAUUGUUUAUUAUGUUGAUGUACAAGAGGUGGGAGUUUUAAAUGUAUUUCUUCCUCCCAUUUCUUUUGAGCUUAAAUAUAAAAAUCAUACUAUAAUCACAGCGAAACAUGGCGGACUCAUGGUGAACGUUUAGUAUUGUAGUGUAGUAUGAUGAAUGUGUGUGUGCAUGUGUGUGUGUAUGUAAGUAGACAAUGCAAAUCUCUUGUAUUCUCUUUUACACUUUUAUACUUUUAUUGCUUUUUUUGCACUAUUUGUGAACAUUUUAAACAAAACCUUUGUGGUAAGAUCAAAAUAAAAAAAAAAAAAAAA